AUGAAAGAAAAAGAGCAUCACAUCACCAGCAGCUGUCGACUGCUGAUAAACAACAGACUGCUUUCUUCUCUAUCUGUGAUAAACAUGGAAACAGAGACGACUGAUGGCCUUCCUCUGUCUAGAAAGCUGUGUUAUGCAGUAGCAUUUGGCUUUUCUCUACAGAUCUUUCUGUUAGAUGUAGUCCAGAUGGUGGCGUCUUUUGUGUCUUUAAUCCUGUUCAUCAGUAAUGCGUGGGAUGCUGUCACUGAUCCACUUGUUGGAUAUCUAGUGAGCAGGAGUAGGCAGACCCCAGUUGGCAAGCUCCUCCCAUGUCAUAAGACACACCAUUUGGUUCACAAUACAGUGAGCUUGGCGUUCAGCGUGCCCUGGUACCUAACCAUCAGCUGUCUUUUUGAGGACUUUUUAUUAUGUUCCACUGUUCCAUAUAUAACCCUCAACAUGUUCCUGGGAGGAGAUCCACGAGACAGAGACUGCACGGCUUACAGGAUGAGUGUGGAGGUGUUAGCUAUGCUGAUGGCUGCUGUGAUACAAGGUCAGGUGCUGUGGGUGUAUAACAAAGACUGAGAUCAGGCCUGUCUCAGCAUGGAUCAAAGCAGCUCCCACACGCCUCACAAUGGGCAGAGUCACAUGCACACCACAUACCUGAAAGCUUCAAAGAAGCUGAUUGGCCAUGCAUCAUACAAACGUCUGGUCCUCGGCUUCUCCUUCUCCACCUUGGCUUUUCAGGUUGGACCUCUGGAAUAUGAUUUGAAAAUGACUGAAGAGGAGAGAGCAGGCUCAUAUAAAGGAUCUGGAGAAAUUCUUAUCUCUCUGCAGCUCCUCAUACCAGCUCUGGUUGUCCUAGUUAGCGUGUCUGAGAACUUUCCAGCCAUGUGUGUUUUAAUAGGAGCCAGUUUACCAGUACUGUUCUUGUUACCAUGGUCAAUGUCAGAUGUAUUAGGCGAGUUUGCUUUUCAAAACCCUUUGUCUGCCGGCAUCUCCUUCUUAAAUCCUAGUUAAGGUGUUCACUUUUGAUGUAUCACAAAGUUUCAACCUUUGUAUGGAAGUGUUUACAUUUGCAAUGUGUUUUGUUAAAGCUUCACGGGAUACAAAGCAGGUGCUUGCAGCCACACAGAUACAGUUGUUCUGACAUUGAAAUUGCUUUUGGCUCCUAUAAACAUGGUGUGUUUAGAGUUUUUCUCUCUGUACCGCAUCGAUGAAACACACCGAAAGGAAAUUCAACAAAACCUUAAACAUAUAAAGUGA